GUGUGUGUGUUUGUGUGUGUGUGUGUGUGUGUGUGUGUGUGUGUGUGUGUGUGUGUGUGUGUGUGUGUGUGUGUGUGCGUGUCUGUGCGCGCGCAAGUUAUGAGCACUUGCGUACACACGCACGCAGGCACUUGUAUAGCAAAAGGAGUCUACCGAAUUGUUAAAUCUAUGAAAAAACCUGUAAGAUAACAUAACAAUAUGCUUAUCUACAAAUCAAAUUUCUCAUAAAAUCUACCGAUUUAAUUCAUUUUGAGUAUUUCUGAGAUACAUUUACUUGCUGCGAAAAGGUUUUUGCAAACAGAAGACUGGGCGCACAAGGUAUUCUAUUAAUAUUUACAACAUAUAAUUAAUGAACGUAUAUACUGUUAACUAACUUUUAAAAUUCUCCGAAAAAACACAGCGCGAAUCAGUUUUGAAUACAUUAGUUAUCUUAAAUCCGUGAGCUUAUUCUUCUCUAGAAAUGGUGCAACGACAAGAAUUACUAAAGCCUAAAAGAACAACUCUUGCAUUCAUGAGCUGCUGAAAGUUUUAUAUAAAUGUAAAUAAAUUGGAAAGUUUUGUGCGUUUGCUGAGGACGUCGUGAUGUCAAAGAGCUGAAUGUUGUGAAUAUUGUUAGACAUUAAGGCAAAAUGCUAGGGAGGUCAAAUAGUAUAAUUGGCAUUGUGAAUCGGAACAAGCGACAGGCCAAAGAUGGUUCGAUCUCUAAGACUCUCCCUGGCUCUGCGGGUUGGCUUUGGUCAGACCAGUCCCUCCGCUUCUACCAGGAUGCGCUCAGUUUUGUGGAGGCUGGGAUCAAACAGCACAAGAGCCGCAUUUUUCUGACACGCUUGUUUUUGAAACCAUGCGUCAUUGUUGCAGAUAAUGAGGUCCUGCGUGAGCUCUUGACAGAGAAGAAUGAUGAUUAUGAAGCUGGCAUGGAUGAAUAUUUUGAUCUCUUUGGGGAUAAUCUCUUAUUUAUGAAUGGAGCAGAAGCUAAGUUGACAAGAGAACUUCUCUUCCCUCUGUUUAAUCAGGAAUCUAAGUCAGGAUAUAAGGUUAUUACAGAAGAUCUACUGAGAACCUGGGUUUCUGAAGUAGACACUGAAAUACCUUUUGAUGUUUAUGAAUCCACAAAGAAUUUUGCUUUGCUCCUGAACCUGCGACUUUACCUUGGACUUGACCACACAAAAGAACCAGAUCUUGUGCAGAUGUUCACCACAGUGGCAAGCACCCACUGGCAUGGUUUGUGUUCCCUACCUGUAAACAUUAGAAUUCCUGGUCUGAAGUCCGGCUUUGGCACGGCAGUUGAGGCUAAGGAUGAACUGCUGGCUCUGCUGCGGAAGCGACUCUAUGAAGAUAGUAAUCAUGCUUUCUUGGAGAACAUGCGUGAGAGUGUUCCCAAUGAGGAACUGCAGUUGAACCACCUUCUUGUGUGCUGCUGUGCUCUCAUUCCAAAAGUGUUUGCGUCAGUCCUCACGUCAUUCAUUCUAAUGGCUCCAUCAUGGAAGGCUUUCUAUCAGGCAUGUUCAUCAGAGGAAGAGGAAGACAAGGCACUGGAUUCAAUUUUGCUUGAGGUUGUCCGCUUGAUGCCCCCUCUUGCAGGUGGCCGUCGUGUAGCCUUACAGGACACACAGCUCAGUGGCUAUGAGAUAUCUGCUGGAAUGGUGAUCCAUUUCAACUUCUUUGGGGUGCAUACAGACCCUAAGAUUUUCCCACAGCCAAAAAAAUUUUGGCCGCAGAGAUGGAGCCAGGAUAACAAAGAUGACCGAGGAAGAAUUUUUGCCUUUGGAGCUGGACCACGAGAAUGCAUUGGAAAGAGGAUGAUUUGGGACAUAAUGAUGAUGUUUUGCAAAACCUUUGUAAAAGAAUUUGAUUGGGUCAUCACAGAUGACCAUCUGAAAGAAAUGAAAUACAUCCCUGCAGUCCGGCCAAAACAGAAACCACAGAUAGAAUUGCACUCGACAAGGAAAUAGUACGAUAAAAAAUAUAUAAUUCAUGCUCAUUCAUACCUGUAGAAGAAAGUAUGAAUGGGAAAGAAAUUCUGAUAUUUAUUAUCUUAUUUAUUCUUAUUCAAACCUUCUUCUACCACAUUCUCAAGGAUUGCUGUUCAAUCUAUUUUUGCAAAUGGGCAUAAUUAGACUACUUUGGUUACAAACGGAAUGAUAUACAAUUAUGUAUGCUGAUACUCUGGUGAUCAGCUUAAACUGUGAUAAGAAAUAGCAUGAAAAUGAAAGCAUUGAAUAUGAUAGCACAACAAUUUUCACAAACUGCAAAGUAGAAUAGUGGAGUUGUACAUUCAAGCAACACCUUCUUUCAAAUCUUAUUAUAAUUCAUUUGUUAUAAACUUUUACUUUUCCCCACAGUCUUUGAAGAUUUCAUAUACAUGAAUGCUAUUUAGCAUUUUGUCACAUACCCUAGACAACUGAAGGAAAAGUAUUGAUUUGUUUUGUUGAUAAUGAAAUUUAUAGAUACUGAUAUUUGCAUAAGUUUUAUCAAAUUGUUUUAUUCUGUUUAAAAAGUUAAUUGAAAACUUUUUUUUCAAAGAUAUUUAAGUAUUUUUAACUUUCUGUUUCUUUAGUAAUUUACAUACUAACAAAUUAUCAAUGUUUAAAGAAAAUCUGAUUUUGAUUUCUAUAUAUUUCUGCACUCUUUUAUUAUAUGUAGGGUUUAUAAAAGCCAAUUCCCACUUAUACUCUUCACACCAAGUAACCUGAAUACAAGGCAUGGUGAUGGAAUCUUGUAUCAGCAUCAAAAUUGCCAUGACAUGUAGAAGGAUCACCUGGUGCCUAGAGGUUUUACCCUGAAGUCAGAGAGGACCUAAGUGGCCUGUCUCUUUCAUAUAGUUGUAAUAUUUCCUUUCAUUAUUUGUAAUGUGAUUAAUUGUUUGAAACUUGAGCUUACAGCUGCAUUACACAGUGAAUGUUGUAUGUAUUAGGGAUUUUAAUCCCUUUUUUGUGAUGUAUUAGGGAUUUUAAUCCCUUUUUUGUGAUGUAUUAGGGAUUUUAAUCCCUUUUUUGUGAUCAGAUUUUUUUUCUCUUUUUUUCAUUGGCAAUCAACAGAUAUACAAACAGAUAUUUUAUCACAUUCAAAGGAUCUCUAUUGUUGGUAAUGUGCACACAUUUAAUUCUUAUAAUUAAGGUAUAUUUUGUCCGAUCUUAGGUUUGGUUCAUUUAUAAAAUUUAGCUGAAAUAUUAGGGAAAAAAAUGAUGGUACAGUUAAGAAAUGUCAGAAGGAAAAAUACUUUAAUUUUUUUUAUGGAUGUAUAAGAAAGCUCCCAGAUAAGUGGAUUAAUUACACAUCCAUAUAUGUUACAAGACUAGAGAAGGCAUUAAAUAUCUUAUGUUGAAAGUUAUGGUUGUUUAAUAUUGGAUUAAAAAUUGUGUGUUAUUAAAUGUAUUUUACUUAAGGUGUAUAGACUAUAAAAAAAGUGACCCCAUGCUCCUUUAUCAUUAUCUCUAUUGAAAUUAUAUACAAUUUUUGUUUAGUAGCAUCAUUAUCAGACAAGAAUAUAAUUAAGCUGUUUUACUGGGAUAUCCUUAAUAAAAAACAAUCUUGAGCAAUCCCUCUCAGGUGCUCAUCUGGCAAUUCAUGGUAAGUCUCAUGAUGUGAAGAUAGGAAAUUAUUUUGUAGUAAUUUUCAGGAUAUUUCUAAUGUCUCUGAGUCUUGCCUUUAGUGAUCUGUUCCCAUAAACACUUAGAAGAUAGUUCUUGAGGCUAUUGCUUCUUGUAAUGUGGCCAGCAGAACCCACUUUUCUUUGUUAGUGUUCUAUGAAAGUGAACAGCAAGUUCUUUAUUUUCUUAGUGACUCAUGACAACUCAAAAGUAUCAAACUUUGUCUAUCUAUUUCAUAAAUGUAGUCAUGUUGUGUUACAUAAUCCUUCCUAAUGAGUGCAAUCAUGAACUUGGUAAGACAAUUUCCUUUGAAAAAUGAGAUAAUGAUUUCAAAGUUAAAUGUGGGCUGAUAUUGAAAUCUAAUAUGAUUUUGAAACAUUUCUUUCAGAGAAACUUGUUUCUCUCACAAAAAAGUAAAGUUAUGUGGAGCUGUUUCAUUAGAUUGUUAAAUGAACUAAUAUAGUUUAUAUGAUUUUACAUGUGGUAAAGGAGAGGUCUGUUCUUUUUGCAGUCUAUACAAAGGAAAAGAAUGUGAAUACAAAUUAUAGAGGUUGAUUCACUGAAAAAUAUUUCUUACAAAAAAUAGAGGUUAUACAAACAUUGGUGAGACUGAUAUAUUAAAGGUGCUAUACUCUAAAGAUAUGAAAAUGCAAAAAAAAUUAUGGCAUCUUGGUAUUCAAUAGGUGAUAGUUUGAAAUUAUUAGAAAAUUAUACCCAUGCAAUGGGGGGUCAGAAUAGGCUGCUAUGAGAAGGUAAAAGUAAUGAAACUUGUUGCAUGUAUCAAGAAUCUAGUCCAUGAUGCAUACUGAAUUCUAUAAACAUUUAUUGCUAUUUACUUUAGAGUACAUUUUGAUUUAAAGAUCUCUGUACAGUUAUAUGGCUAUUUUUGUAUGAAUCAAUAUUCAUAAGUUAUAUUUUUGUAAGAGAUGACUAUCAGUUAGCAAGUUUAAUAUGUAAGAAAAGUUAUUCUAUAUUAAGCCUGAACAUGAAAUUUUAUUAUUUUUGCUACUUCUGUUAUAUAAAUGCUUAUAUUUUUGUGUUUGUGGUGUUAUUCAGUAAUGUAUAAGAAUGUACUGGAAGAAAUGAGAAAAUAUGACAAUUUGACAUGCUGCUAACAUUCUCAGGUCUUAAAUAUUACACUGCUGUACAGUUUAAAUUCUAUCUCAUUUAAUGUAUUGAAACAAACUGUAUAUUAUCUAAAGGCAACCAGUGUCACUUGAAUACCUCUUUUGCAUAAAGACUCCACAUUUGUGAAAAUGUUAUAAUUGUCUGUUGUGUCCUAUGUUGAGCAAUGACUUGAUUUAAAACUUGGAAUACUGUAAAAGCUGUCUCUGUGGUAUAUCCAUAAUAUCAUUUUGUGUAUAUAAUGGUGAAAACAGAUUAAGGUCAGUCGAUGCCCAAAAUUCAGCCCAGUAAUUGUGCCCCUUCUGUAUAUCUCAGGUGCAACAUAAUAUCUAACAAGGUUGAUAUGGGUAAUGAAAUACAGCAGAAAUCAUUAACCCAUAAUGUUUUUUCUGAUGCUGUUAUUAUUAUUAUUAUUAUUAUUAUUAUUGGCAUUAUGAUAAUUAUGAUAUUAUUACACUAUAAUUACACUAAUAGCAAUAGAAUUAAUUUAAAAUAUCUUUAAAAAAUCAAGGAAAAUUGUAAACAGGUGAGAUAGGUAGGACUAGUAACUGACCAAAGUCUUGUGGAGUCAUGUAUACAUGAAAAUCAACAAGCUAGAAUCAUAUCCUGGCAAUAAUGGGUUAAGAGGUUCUUAACCAUUUCACAACCAUGUCCACUCCUAGUUCUUUAGUUUGUCCUUAUUACUACAUACUUCCAAUAACAUCUUUAGUAAAAUAAUGAACUUAUCCUUAAUGAAAAGGGAAAUUGAAAAAGAUAGUUUUAAGUAUUUAUUGAGUAAAGAAUACUGUUUAUGCAUUUGCACUCAUAUACACAGCAACAAUUGUUCAGAGAAUUCCAUUGAGUAAGCGGUGUUUAAUUACCAGGUUAAGAACCUCUGUUGUAGAUCUUGUUUGUGUAUCUGGAAUUCCAUAAAAUCUGAUGGCUGCACCUAUUUAUGGUGCCCAACAUCCUUGACAAUGUUCAGUAUUCAAUCCAGGCCAGAGUAAAGCAAGCCACACUCUUAGGCAAUAAGCAUGAUAAUGAUCAUUUGUGGCAUUUCUUCAGUUCCUUAAUGUCAUAGGCAAAAAUGAUAUUUCUUAUCAGUACUGUUUUGGGAAGAAGUUGAGUAUGCAGAUAAUGUGUAUAAUAUUUUAACUAUUAGAAAAAUACUAUAAUUCUAGCUCCCAAAUAAAUCAAGACAUAUUUCACUAUCUACAAUAUAUCAUUCAGCUGAUGACUGGAAACAAGGGUGCCACACAUGAAGAGGAUUGGCAUGUUGAUGCCAGUCAACAUAAAUUUGUCACGCCAUUCCCCAAAGUGUAUGGCUAGUGCAAAUGAUGUACGUCUUGACGUGAUCGCUUUGUCAUGCCAAAAUACUCAUCAGUUUAAAGUUUGUUUCCUCAAAUUCUUAGGACUUGCACCAAAUAAAAAAGUUCUGUGAUCUAAUGGCAGAAUAAGGAUAACAAUGAACAUGGGAAUAUUGAAGGGAGGGCCCAGAUGAAUUUCAUUAACUAGGUAACUAAUAAUUGUCUUCAUGAAAGAUGACCAUGAGAAUGUUAAAAGUGUGCUAAGUUGUAUAAAGAAAAUACCUCAUUCUCGUGAUGACUUGUUAACAAAUGUCUGAUGUGUAAGAAGCAAUAUUGUAUACAUUAAUCUGUGGAUGAAAUUUCAGUGAAUAUUUGCAUUCACUAAUGACAAUUCUUUUUAAACUGACAUAUUCAAAAGGUUAUAUUUUGUUUUUGUUAACAUUCACCUCCAUAUACUGUUCUGAUAAUUUUUUCUACCUCAGGUAAAGAGUGAGUGUGUGUGUGUGUGUGUGUGUGUGUGUGUGUGUGUGUGUGUGUGUGUGUGUGUGUGUGUGUGUGUGUGUGUGUGUGUGUGUGUGUGUGUGUGUGUGUGUGAGU